AAGUGUAUAUAAGGAGGAGAGGGGAAGUCGCUGAUGUGAAAUCCACAGCAAGCAAACACCUACCGAGGAGCGGACACGAAACGGAAUACCUCCAAUUGCUUUUUUUUUUUUACACCUUUUGACACAGACCACUUUGGAUCCUUUGUUGAAAACCACGAAAGAGGAGGUUGAAAGAAAGCCACCGUCCACAUCAUCUGUUCAACAUUUCCUCCCUUUUUUUUUUUUUUCUUCUUCCUUCUUUCUUCUUCUUCUUCUUCUUCUUCUUCUUCCCUUCCCUUCCCUUCCCUUCCCCGGGAGCGACGGACUUCUACGUGCAUCACUAUGUUGAACAAUAUGGAUUUGAAUGCGAAAGAUUCUUUUUACCCCCACUUUGAGAAUUGCAACAGUUCCUCCGCGGGAAUGGAGAACAGCGCGCGCAAGGACGACCAGGCGGUGUACGUCGACGCGGAGCGGGGGGCACCUGCCCAGUUCGGCCACGAAGGAGCCCCGGCGACCCUCAAAACCGAGGCUUCCAACUCGGAAUUCGCUUUUAACCCCUGCGAGUGCUCCAAAGACACCUACACCCCCUCCUCCUGCUCCUCGCUCGCCUACUCCGGCAGCUUCUAUGUGGAGGCAUCUCAGGGAGCGCCGUGCAGCACCGAGACACUGCUCAACAUGAUCACCGAGAUCGUGGGUAUCUCGACCCUGCCCCUCUCAGAAGUGCACCAGAUCGGCAACAGUCGGGCAACUUACGCGUCGCCCGCGCCGAUGGACGGCGGCGAGAGGCAACAGUACACCUGCUCCGGAACCGCCCCUCCCGCCUACUCCCCGGGCCAGGCGUGCCGCAGGUACCCGGACGACCAGGCCCACGACGCGCCCGCGCCCGCCUCCCAGCUCGGCUUCGGCCCCUCGGGUGCGCAGGGCCAGAAGAAGGCCGAGCCCAAGUCCGAGGCCGCCUCGUUCCCCGUCGUGGUCAAGAACGAGUUCGAGGGCAGCUGCUACGAGUGGGGCGCGUUCGGCAAGUCCGACUGUUUGGAGACGAGCUUCCAGACGGAGACGUUCCCCAUGUCGAGCGACUUCCCCCCCGACCAGCAGAUGGACGUGAAGGAACUUUUGGACACGUUCCCCCCGAUUUGCCACAACCCCGAGAUGGAGUUCAAAGUGGAGGGGGGCAUCAAACAGGAGCCGUGCUUCUCUGACACCUGCUCCCAGAGCUACUCCAGUCCCCUGUACAGCAGCUACCUCCCGCCGAUGGGCCUCUCCUCCGCCCUCAAGCCGUUCCCCGAGCCCCCGCAGCCGGCCAAUCCGUGCGACUCCCUGUACACCUCGCCAGCCCCGCCGAGCACCAUAGACUCCAUCCUGUACUCUUCCCUGUUGCCGGACUCCUUCGCCCAGAGUUACACCGCCCGCGCCACGAAGGCCCCCCGGGCCCGGAAGAGCCCCGCCGCCGCCGCCCACGGCCCCGCCAAGGAGAAGCCCUUCACCUGUCCCAUGGAGAGCUGCGACCGGCGCUUCUCGCGCUCGGACGAGCUCAACCGGCACAUCCGCAUCCACACGGGCCACAAGCCCUUCCAGUGCCGCAUCUGCCUGCGCAGCUUCAGCCGCAGCGACCACCUCACCACCCACACGAGGACUCACACCGGCGAGAAGCCGUUCUCCUGCGACGUGUGCGGCAAGCGGUUCGCCCGCAGCGACGAGCGGAAGCGGCACGGGCGCGUUCACCUGAAGCAGAAGGAGAAGAUGGAACUGAAGCCUCAGGUGACCGCCGCCGCCGCCGCGUGGCAAUUCACUCUGCCCGAGGGCAUCUGAAGACGAGGCCACGUUGUCCGCGCGCGCGCACACACACACACACACACACACGCGCACACGCACACACACGCGCACACACGCACACAGCAAGCAUUGCGCUCUUUCCGUCUUGGAGGAGAAGCCAGCUGACCACCACUCGACGUCCCGGGUCGCUGCGACUGGCUCGCCAAUGCCUUGACUGACUGACUGACUGACUGACUGACUGGUUUUUUUUUUUGAGGAGCAGAGAGGGAGAGCAGAAAGUUUAGGGGGUUUUCUGCCUCGGACCCGCUGCAGACUCCAAAGCGAGGACGCACCAGUUGUGGACGUCGACCAACAGCUCGCACAGUGGCCGUGGCUGCUGUGACCGUCGUCAGAGCCCAACGUCUCUUGCUCCGACACUGCAUGACCGCUGUUCAGCACCUCUUCGCGUGGACAGCUCCGACCUCCCGUCCGCCUCGGAGCCUGGAUGGUUUGCACUUAAUUGAUUAUUACUAUCGCCAUUUAAGAGUUGGGGUUUUUUUUUUUGUUUGUUUUGUUGCUUUUUAGCAUUCUUAGAGCAAUGGUUUGGACUGCGUUCCUUGAGAUGCAUGUUUAUGUCAGUGUUUUCUUUCCCUUUUCCUUUAAACGGAAUAUCAACCUCUGUCAAGGUAUACUCCCUCACUCCGGAGUGGGGGCUAUUGACAUGAAUGUAGGCUAAUAUAUUUAUGGCUCCGGCCAUAAAGCUGUCCAUCUUUAAAUCAGAUUUAGUGUUCGUUUGAAUUCCUUAUCAUUUGGAUGUCAGUGUUUUCUGUCAUUGGUCUUUGUGUUGUGUUACAAUUGUUUGGAUUAUUACAGUUGUGAAAGAUAUAUCAUAAAUGGGAAAUAAAUAUAUUUGUAUUACUGUACUUCUUUGUAUUUUUAUAGCUAACUGUAUAUUUUACAUUUAUCACACUUGAGUGUCAUUUCUAAAGUGAAAUGUAUUCUAAAUCACUGAUAAUGUCUUGGUUUUUUUGAGGGCUAUAUUGUUCAGUAACACAAUAUUUUAAAUGUUACAAUUUGAUAUCAGAGACAUUUUUUCGCACUUCAUCCCCGUGUUGGUAUGAUGAGAGUUAUUUCACUGGACUGCUGAUCCAGAUUUAAAAGGGACCAUUAAUGUGAACUGGUACGGCUUUUCAACAAAAAGUGGUUUUACAGUAUGUACAGAACUGUGUUUGAUCAAGUUAGAAAUGACUAGCAAAGCAAUCUGACUAGUAAUCAGGUAGCACACAUUGCUGCACGUUUCUGUGGAGUUUACCUUGACGAUGAACGGGUCUUGACACCUGGCAUCUUUUACUGGAAUGAAUGCUGAAAAAAAUAUGAAAAAAUAAAAGAAUAAAUAAAAAUAAAACAAUGUCGAGAGUUUGGUGAAAUUGUCACCAACAGCGUACUGCAAAAAAGUAAUUUAACUCGCCUUAAGUUAUAUUAACUGUUCAAAGUAAAGAUUUUGUACAUACACACUUUCUACAAUACUUCAAAUUAAUAUUGAUGUUGUUAUUUUUAUGAAAAGUUUAUGAACAAAAUAAACAUUUUCUGGAA